AGGGAAGUUUUUGAAGUUUCGCUCCCGUUUCUGCACCUCGGCGUCCCAGUGCACUCCCAGAGUUUGUUAGCUCACUCUUUUGGCAAUUCCUGGGGCCAACCAGCUGUCGUGUCCUACGCUGCACCAGAUGUCAGCUUUAACAAGGUGGUACUUGAGUUAAACACCACGGUCAAAGGAACACAAUAUGACCGCUUGGCGAACCUCUUCCUCGGCGGGAUUUCGCUUUGGCGGACCUCCACCCCCGAACCAGCGCGCGGUGAGGUUUACUCCACUGUCCAAAAAGAUGUUUCAGCGUACUUGAAGUUGUUCCAGACACAGGAUUUAGACUUGAUGUUCCAGCUUGACAACUUGUUGAACUCCCGUCUCGACGGCAUCAUCAACGUCACCCUUACCGCACACUACUAUCUGGUUCCUCAGAAGUCUGCGGAUAUUUCAGAUCUCCAUCGUUCCUCUGACUCUUUUCAGGCCUUGUUCUCUAUGAACCGUGCGGCAGACCAGAUCUACCCCGUGGUGGCGAAUGACGGAGCCCCACCAUUGGUGACGCUUCCGUCCAAGAAGAUGAUCUACAGUGUUCCAAAGUUGAACGCCAACACUACCCGGGUUCGCUUAAACCUUUUUGUUUCUGGUAACGGAGCGGAGGAGUUCUGGUACGGAAAUGUCUUGGACAAAUACACCAAGCUAUUUGCGGGCCACAGUCUGAGUAUUUUGCCGGGCCACGGGCCAGUGCGAAUCGCCACCGUCUACUACAACGGCAGAAGAGUCGCUAGCGUGUCGCCGCAGCCGGUCAUCUACACCGGCGGGAUCUCGCCUGCACUCUGGAACCCAAUUGUGGGCACCGGUGCCUUUGAUAUCAAGGCCUUGGAGGUUGAUUUGACCCCUCUUUUACCGUUGCUUUGGGGGGCGGAGGAAAGCUUACUCGAAGUGCGAGUUGUCAACGGCCUUGCGGAAACAGCGCCAGACCUUCCAUCGAUCGGGGAGAACUGGAUUGGCACUGGUAACAUCUUGACCUGGGAAUCCGACCAGAUUGUGAAGGCGUCGGGUAAGGUUGCUGAAGAGCGCGCUGGGAAGUCGGAUGCCAUUUCCCUCGGAUUUCCAUCUUCCAGCUCCUUAUCGCAGAUUGUCAAUGCCAACUUCCAGAAUGAAAUAGAGGCGGACGUGAGGUACGUUUUGCGAAACGGGACAGAGCUCGACGUGACGGUCCAAGCAUUUUCCAAGGCGCGUCAAACGAAUGUCCAGAGCUACAAACGCUACGGGGAUUCACAGAGCGUGGUUUCGGUCGUCUCGAACGAGCAUUCUUUCAUCGUGUUGAACAAUAAGGCAGGAGCGAAGGAGGAUGUGUUCCAGACAAAGUUCACCCAGGUGUUUCCCUUGGUUGUGAGUAUCGAUAUCUUGCUGAGAACGGACGAGCAUGUGGCGUACAACGCGAGCGUGGUCCGUGCCACGGCGAUCGAAUUUAAACUCAACCAGAAACCAGUGAUGUCGAUUGGGUCUGGCGAGGCGGGUAAUUCCACUUAUUUCCUCUCCCAUAGUGGUAACCACGGGUUUGGAACGACGGAGCAAAAAUUCCGCUUCAACGCCCUGGCGCCGUUACCGGCCAGGUACUACACUCGCAAGGUGAAGGCUGUUAAUGGCACAGUUGUCAAGGAUAAGACAAAGGACAGG